UGUAUCAACAGAUCAUACUGUUAUUCACUUUAUAAGUAUUUUUAAACGUAUUUAUUUUUGUGUUCUCCUUAUAGUACAAACAUAUCUUGGCGUUUUUUAUAGAUUCCUCCUAGAACCAAGUAAAUUCUGAUCGACAUAUUUUUUUUAAGCAUGCGCAGGCGCAGUGCAAUCCUUGUUUUCCUGGGAAGAUUUUGUGUGGGACUGAGGAUUUCCAUUGCGUUAUUUUAUUCGUUGGUUCACCAACCGUUUUUUAUCUGCAUUAAUUUCGGGUGUCUUUUAUGAAUAAUCAAAAGCAGCAAAAGCCAACGCUAACCGGCCAGCGUUUUAAGACUCGGAAAAGAGAUGAAAAGGAGAGAUUUGAUCCUACUCAGUUUCAAGAAAGUAUUGUACAAGGCUUGAAUCAGACUGGCACUGAUUUGGAAGCUGUGGCAAAAUUCCUUGAUGCUUCUGGCGCCAAGCUUGACUAUCGCCGGUAUGCUGAGACCCUCUUCGACAUCCUGGUGGCUGGCGGAAUGCUGGCCCCAGGCGGUACACUGUCAGACGAGGUGACGCGCACGGACUACUGUCUGUUCACCGCAAACGAAGACCUGGAAACCAUGCAGGCUUAUGCAUCGGUUUUUAACAAGUUGAUCAGACGUUACAAGUACCUGGAGAAAGGGUUUGAGGAGGAGAUCAAGAAGUUGCUGCUGUUUCUAAAAGGCUUCACUGAGUCAGAGAGGAACAAGUUGGCCAUGCUGACGGGCAUCCUGCUGGCCAACGGAAACAUCUCCGCCUCCAUCCUGAACAGCCUCUACAACGAGAACCUGGUCAAAGAAGGAGUAUCUGCUGCCUUCGCGGUGAAACUGUUCAAAGCCUGGAUCAACGAGAGGGACAUCAACUCAGUCGCUGGCAUGCUGCGUAAGGUUGGCAUGGACAACCGUCUGAUGGAGCUUUUCCCCGCCAACAAGCGAAGCUGUGAGCACUUCUCGAAGUACUUCACCGACGCCGGGCUCAAAGAGCUGUCCGACUUCGCCCGGAACCAGCAGUGCAUCGGGGCUCGCAAGGAGCUCCAGAAAGAGCUGCAGGAGCAGGUGGCUCGCGGGGACAACUUCAAAGACAUAAUAACUUAUGUGCGGGAGGAGAUGAAGAAGAGUAACAUCUCGGAGCAGACCUUGAUUGGGAUUGUGUGGACCAGCGUGAUGAGCUCCGUGGAGUGGAACAAGAAGGAGGAGCUGGUCACUGAACAAGCCAUCAAACACUUGAAGCAAUACAGUCCCCUCCUGAAAGCCUUUACCUCCCAGGGCUUGUCUGAGCUCACUCUCCUGCUGAAGAUCCAGGAGUACUGCUACGACAACAUCCACUUUAUGAAGGCCUUUCAGAAGAUCGUAGUGCUCCUCUACAAAGCGGAUGUUCUGAGCGAAGAGGCCAUUUUGAAGUGGUACACGGAAGCCCACGUGGCUAAGGGCAAAAGUGUUUUCCUGGAGCAGAUGAAGAAAUUUGUGGAGUGGCUGAAGAACGCUGAAGAGGAAUCUGAGUCUGACGAGGAAGAGGGGACUGACUAAAACCCCACUGUUGGAACA